CUAGCGUUCAACCCGCUCCAGUAUGAGACCGUGGCUGCUGGUGGCGCUGCUGGUUACCGCCACAAGUGCGGCCACUACGCAGACGGAUCCAGCCCACGCGCCAUUCUACGACACUGUCGGACUGGUCUGCAAUAAGCGCACAGACUGCGGCUACGUCCCAGCUCUUGCUUGCCUUAAAGGCAAAUGCGAGUACUGCAGACCGACUGCGCAUGACUGCAACGACCACCGAGACGACGUUGACUACGUUUGUCAAGUUAUUGAGGUGCUUGACGAAGUUACAGGCAAGACAGAGGCACAGCAAGGUCUGACAUCAACUGGAGACACCGUCAGCGCUGCUUACUGCGUGGAGAAAAAUUUAUUCUCUCCAUUCACAUACAAAGACCUGAUCACGACCUUAGUGGCGUUCUCCAGCACGGCAUUGGGCGCAGGCGGAGGUGUUGGCGGUGGAGGCCUACUUGUACCCAUGUACAUCCUCGGAGGAUUAAACCCGAAACACGCGAUCCCGCUGUCCAAAGUGACGAUUUUCGGCAGUGCUGUAGCCAUGUACACUGUCAACUUCCGACGUAAACAUCCAUUAAACAAGAACCGCCCUCUUAUUGACUUUGGCUUGGUGGGACUCAUGGAGCCCACGACACUAAUCGGCACGGUGUUCGGCGUUAUGCUGAACCACAUUUUCCCGAAUUGGCUGAUUCUCGUGUGUUUGGUGACGUUGCUCACGUUUAUCACAUACAAGACAAUUCUUAAGGGGAAUACGCGGUUUGACGUGGAGGUUGCUGCACGCCGGUGGCUCAACAAAACACGUCGACGUCGUAAAGUUCGUCAGAUUCGAGAGGAAGACGAAGCAGAUUUCCAGUCGCUGCCCCCUCUAAACGAUCGCAAACCUACCAGUUCGGAUCCCUUGAUCCGAAACAAGCGCCAAUUCGGAACCUUUUCCUCGGACGAGGACACACAAACCCAGAGACGCAAUGUUAUCGAGCGUCGUGAAGUACGCGUGUUCCCCUUGGAGUAUCUUUGGCCACUAGCGUUAUCCUGGCUGCUUAUUCUAGUGCAGUCAAUGCUUCGAGGUGGUCAUGGAGCUCCAAGUGCUAUCGGAGUCAAGUGUAACUCGUCGAGCUAUUGGCUUCUGACGCUGUUACCACUUGCAGUCCCAAUCUCAGUGUCACUACGGAUGGGGUAUCGACUUCGGCUUCUAAACCGCGUCAAGGUGCUUGGCAAUUAUCCGUUCGUAGAUGGAGAUAUUCACUGGAUCAAACGUCGUGUGUUGAUGUUCCCAGCUCCGGUGUUCUUCCAGCGGUACAGUCAGCUACUGCGAGCUUCAUGA